AUGCAGACUGCUUCUACAAACAUUUGUGAAAGAAUGGGUCGCUCUCAGGAGCUCAGUAAAUUCAAGCGUGGUCCCGUGAUAGGUUUCCACCUGUGCAAUAAAUCCAUCCGUGACAUUUCCUUGCUACUAAAUAUUCCACGGUCAACUGUCAGUGGUAUUAUAACAAAGUGGAAGCAACUGGGAACAACAGCAACUCAGCCAUGAAGCGGUAGGCCACGUAAAAUGACAGAGCGGGGUCAGCGCAUGCUUGAAGAGCACAGUGUGCAGAUGUUGCCAACUAUCUGCAGACCCUUAGUUCCAAUGAAGGGAACUCUUAAGGCAUCAGCAUACCAAGACAUUUUGGACAUUUUCAUG